GCAGCUCGUGACCUCUCGUGUGUUCGUAAUGAGUGAACAGAGGUGUGAUUGUUCCGCCUCGCGCUCCACGCCAGCAGCACGUUAACGGGCGGAACGAGCAGCGGUCCCGCCAACGGAAUGCGGCUACGGACCCAAACGACGCUCGCUUAUUCGGGGAAUCUCGUCAAACAGACACCGGACGCCACUAAACGCACGAGCAGCUAAUCGGCGUUCGCCCGCGUGCGGCUUCUCUGACAGCGCGCUGGUUUCCUCGCGUGACAGUCGACGCGUUCACGCCGGCUGCGAAGUGGCUCGCGGACGUUAGCUCGCCUCGCCGGACAGCCACGUCAGCUAACGCUAGCUUAGCAUCAGACGCCCCUGUGCCCUCUCGUGUUGUGGGUCGUCAUCCCAGCGAGCGCUUCAGUGUUCUCCUCCGGCGAUGGCUCCGAUGGGCGUCCGGCUGUCCCCGCUCGGUGUGGCGGUGUUCUGCCUGCUGGGAGUCGGCGUCAUCUACCACCUGUACGCGGGGGUCAUCUCCAACCGCUGGGCUGCGUUCAGGAAGGGGGACAAAGUGGAUCUGAGGGACCUGCUGGCUGUCUCGGUGGAGGCUGCGGUGCUCGGUGGCUUGGAGGUGAAGAAGACGCGUAAUGGUGAUAACCUGGAGGAGAAGUCAAAGGGCAAGACGAGGGAGGGAGCCGAUGAACUUCUGACCACGGGUGACCUGCGCUCUCAUAGGAAGAUGUUCAACCUCAUAAGCAGCACCUUCCCUGAUGUCACGGUGAUCAGCGAGGAGCACGACAACACGGUGGAAGAGGCCGCGUCCUGGAGCCGCAACAUUCCAGCCGACAUACUUGACAAGAUCAAGGGGGGCAAGGACGUCUCGGCUGAGAGAGUCACGGUGUGGAUCGACCCCCUGGACGCUACACAGGAAUACACAGAGAACCUGGUGAAGUUUGUGACCACAAUGGUGUGCGUGGCCGUAGAUGGUAAACCAGUCAUUGGGGUCAUACACCAGCCGUUCGCUGACUUCACCGCCUGGGCGUUUGUAGGUCAGGGGUCAAAUGUGAGUCCCCGUGCGUCCUACAGUGUCAGCCCUCCGAAGACGAUUGUAUCACGUUCCCACUCUGGACAAGUUCGAAGCUUUGUUCAGGAUGCUUUUGGAAACAGCACAACGAUCAUAGAAGCAGGUGGAGCAGGGUACAAGGUCCUGUCUCUUGUGUCAAUGCCUUCGAGUGCAAAGGAGCCUGUGGACGAGGCGGACGUUUACAUCCACGUCACCUUCAUUAAGAAGUGGGACAUCUGCGCUGGUGCAGCACUACUCAAUGCACUGGGUGGUCACAUGACGACGCUGAAGGGGGAGGACAUCGACUACAGCGGCGCGGCGCUCAACAAAGGAGGGCUGGUGGCCAGUGUUGGUGUGGACCACAAGGCCCUGCUGGAGAGGCUCCCAAAGGGGGGGCCCGAACAGCUCUGAGUCCCGCGUACACACGGAGCUCAGCCUGUGGACGGGAAACACGUGGCAGCCAUGUUCUAUCACCGAGAGCGCCCACUUCAUCGUGACACCAAACAAUCAGGAUGCAUCGGAGUGGGGGGGGCGCCCAGCAGGACUGCAGGAAACAAAGAUGGCUGCCCCCGGACACGCGUACUUUAAGCGGGAAGAAGCGGUGCGCCUCUCUCUCCCCACAUGCCAACGAACGCGGCGCCUUCACCUUCAGACAACAACACGGGGACCUGAGGAGGGACGACACGAGGACCCAACGACAUCACAUGACUCAUUUCAGAAACAGCCAGCUCGCUGCCGUCAGUGAAUCCGCAAGCUGACGGAGUAGAAAGGAGGCGGUGGAGACAUUUGUUGAGUAAACCCUCAGUUUACAGCAGCGUCUUAAAAUGAACGGUGAAUGUGAAGAAUGUCUCUUUAUGUCUCGCAGACGCAGCGUCUCAGAGCAGCAAUAGUUCGAUCAUUGCUUCCAGAAGACUCGUGUCCGGCUGGGCAAUAUGGAGCCAAUUGGACAUCACAAUAUUCUGUUCCAACCACCUUUUUUAUUGCAAAAUAUUUCUGUAGUAACCACAAGUUUGGAUAUUUGUCAGUUGAUGUAUAGCACUCAAAUUGUCUCAACAGUAAGUUCAUUAGAUUUACUAAGUUACCAAUUCCUUGACUAAAAGGAGAAACUACAAGGAAAUCUAUUAUCCUUUUGUCUGAUUAAACCUUUUCUCAGG